CAUAACCGUAUCCGCCUGGCCCCUCUCCCAGACACUCCUGGGUCGGACUACAUCAACGCCAGUCUCAUGCACAGUUACAACCAGGCGAAGACUUAUAUAGCAGCUCAAGCUCCCAACAAGAACACAGUAGGAGACUUCUGGAGGAUGAUUUGGGAACAUUCCUGUAGCGCUGUGGUCAUGCUGACUGGUCUGAUGGAGGAGGCGAAGGUCAAAUGUGAGCAGUAUUGGCCUAACGCUGGUGUAAUGAACACUGAUCACUUCAAAGUUGAGGUAGAUGUAACCCAAGUCCGUGCGAGCGUUACAAUGAGACACAUGAAAGUCACUUCCAAGACAACUGGAGAGAAUCGGUCAGUCAUCCAGUUCCACUUCACCUCAUGGCCUGACCACGGUGUACCUGACACCCUCGCUCUCGUCAACUACAUCUGGUUGGUCAGACAGACAGUUGCAGAGAGGGCUGGACCACUGCUCGUUCACUGCAGUGCGGGUAUUGGGCGUACUGGCACAUACAUCGCCGUGGACUCCCUGAUAGACCAGGCCCGUGAGGAGGGGGUGGUGGAUGUCCUGGGGUACGUGACAGUCAUGAGGGGACAGAGGAAGAACAUGAUCCAGACUGCGGCCCAGUACGAAUGUGUCUUCCACUGUCUGGUAGAGAUGACGACAUUCGGCUGCACCAGUAUGGACGUCGCAAGCUUUACCACCAGCUACAGCAACAGCGGCAUGGACACCACGGUUGACGGACAUACUCUGAAACAGUUGUCUCAGAUGCUGUUGUCUGAAACUCGAGAUGAUGCUCCCAACAAACGCAGAAUGUGGGUGGAUGGUAACUCUGAAUUCAUUGUGCAUGUUGGACCGACUCUGACGUGUCUGAGGGGGUUCCUGCAGGCCGUUGCCCCACCCUCUAGAUUGGUGAAGUUGUUGUGGAAACUGGUAGAAGAGAACAACGUCCACAACAUCAUCGUCGUCACGCCAAAUCUUGGCUUAGCUGAAGCAGAGGGCAGGUCCAAGACGCACGGGGGGAUCACUGUGACGACAACGAGUCACACCAACCUGGCAGUAGACCUCUCCAUGAUGAACCUCCAGCUGGCUACAAAAGGAGGCAGUCCACGGAGGGUGAAGAUGGUCAACGCUGAUGCCCAACUGACCAUGGAAACUGUGACAUCGCAUUUGUUCAACCACGUGGACCUGCAAGACAUCUCAACUCAGACCACCCCUGUUGUUGUUGUUCACAGCAAAAACCACGGAAAACUUGCUGUCUCGCUCUGCAUCAUGGGUAAUAUUCUGUCUGGUAUUCGUGAAGACACCCGGGUUGACGUCAUCGGUCACGUGAGGAUGUUCCUACGAUGUUGCCCUGACCUACAGUUCACCCAGAGUGAUGUGCAGUUGUUUCAUGACUUUGCGCAGCAAUGUAUCCAGAGUACAGACCCUGCUAAUACCUAUGCCAACAUCCGAACUUAAUGCCAAACUAGAGACCCAAAUACCACAGACUUUUCCAGUGUCUGAACAUGUCACUACGUCACAUAGAGGCAUUGCCUCUGUAUUUGUAACCUUAGCUUCAAACGCAACGCCAGGCUUAUAGGUAACAAGUAUGUUAUAUAUGAAUGUGUAUUGAUACAGGGAAAUUAUCGUCUCUGCCUGCUCAUUCUAUUCCAGUGUUCUGCAACGCGUCUAUGAACACACAAUGCCAUUUACAAGGUGGGCAAAUGUAACAUAUGUUAUAAUAGGGAUUACACUUUCUCAGUACAGAUUCUAGUACUUUUUUUUGUUUUGUGGAGUUGACUCCCAUGCGGGAUUCGAACCCACACCCUGAGAGUCAGGCACCUAAUCGCCAGCACUCAAAGUCAGCCACCUAGCCUGCUCGGCCACCGCGGCUUCCGUCUAUGUUGUUACAUAAUUUCACAUCAUGCACCACACCAUGUGUCACAUCAUGCAUCACAUCAUUUGUCACAUUAAGAGUUGUUCCUUACACGUGACGACACUUUAACUUGUCGAUUACACUGAUGCACAAACACGCAAGCUUACGUCGUCUACUUGUACAUAUACAGCACCUCAAACAUAUAUGAAUAUGAAUCCCACUUAAUUAUUGCUUCUGAAUAAGCCAUGACGAUAUCAUUUGCUUAUCAUUCCAAUAUACCCUUACUGCACUCUUACAAUGUUGAUAUUGACUUGAUAAUAGUUUAUUGAUGUUUAUUAUACAAUUGCAAUGUGUUCACCAUCCAGUCAUCUAAAACGAGAACGUAUUUGAUCAUCAGUUCGGUCACAUAAAGAAUUCAGGUGCUCUU